AUGGGCACCAGAAGUGCCUACGCGGAGGCUGCUCCAAUGGGCACAAGGGCAUCCGGCGUUGGCACUCGUGCCAGCUAUGCAGAGGCUCCUUUAGCCAUUGGCAUGGGCACCAGAAGUGCGUAUGGGGAGGCUGCUCCAAUGGGCACAAUGGCCUCUGGUGUUGGCACUCGUGCCAGCUAUGCAGAGGUGAGAGUGCUGUGA